AUGCCGCGCACCACAAGGCAAAGCCUGCAGGCGCAACCUGCCAUCCAGGUCUUCACCAGGGCAACCAAAGCCGGUAUCACACCGCAGUUGCCCGGAAAACCAACUGUCACCCUCCCCAGCAAGACCGUCUCAUUACCAGUCUCCCCUUCGAAGAAGCGAAAACUGCAGGAGAUCGAGAAUGUCGUCGCUCCCCGGCAACCAACGGAGGAUGAAGCCGAGAGCCCCUCCAAAACCCUCAAGCUCAGCCAAUUGACUGUCAACUCGCCACGUAGUGGUCACUAUGCCACGCCCAAGCGAACCCCUAGUCGACGAACCCGUUCCCCAACCAAGAUCGACCAGUCACCCGCGACACCUGGCACCCCCUCGAAGCAAUCAAAACUCAAUUUCACAACCGUUCGCGAAGAGCCAAAGCUUGCACCGCGCGCGAAAUGUGUCAACGAGUUCUUGGAUCUUCACUCCGCGUUCGUGAAGGCUCUUUCUAUCCACGCAGCACACAACGGCCCGAAAACCCCUGCGGAUCUCAGAGAAUUCCUUCCUAGCGUGACCCAUGUCUGGAGGAAGCGCAAGGUGCAUAUUAAGGACUUGCAACGUCUGCUUUGGGUUUGGGAUCAGAGUAUGAACGCAAAGGAUAUCUCAUACCGUCUUGCAAACUACGGACUGGGCAAGAUUUGCCUUGAGCGAACUGUGCAGCUUGACAUGCAGCCUCCGGCUUUGCAGGACACGUUUGAGCAGGCAUUUGAUCUUCUCUGGGCGCAGACUGAAGAUUCUUUGCAACAGGUUACUGAAGAAGACCGUCCUUCUUUGUUCCUUGAGACUCUCGACCUCGCUGUCAUCCACGAGUCUCUCACCCCCUUCACCGCAUUCCAAAAGGGUCAGCAGCGACUACAGGAUUUGCGAGGAGGUGUUCUCCGUAUGAAGGCCGACAAGCUGCGCUCGGAUAUGGAGAAGACCGGCUCGAAGCCGUUGGCUGCUACCAGCAGCCGCCGACAAGGACUUCUGGACCGCAUCAAGAAUAAGGAGCUGAUUCAGUCUAAGCUGCCUCCCCCGCCGUCCAAAAAGGAGGUUAUCCGUCGUUCUGCUGCGGACCGAGUGGAGGAAGUUGCCAACAUCCUGGCUCUUCUCCGCCCCGUUGGAUAUGUAGGCACUGGCAUCAAGGCUAUGCUUGCCAACCAGCGCAAGCCCUUCAAGCUCGAGACUAUUGUGCAGCACAUUCGCGACUCGGUCCGCAACCCCAUCCCCCGUGAGGAGGUUGAGACCUGUAUUGAGAUUCUCGCAGAACCUGGUAUGGCUGGUCACUGGAUUGGUAUUGUUAACAUCAACAACAUGCGUUCGGUGGUGUUGAAGUCCUGCAAGGACAUUGCAUCUAAGGAAAUCGGGGCCAAAGUUUCCCAAAUGAAGGCCGACUGGGACAAAGCUGGAACUUGUGUGCAGUCUCCCAUCCUUGGCAUCUGA